AUGGAUAAUGCAGUAUGGGAGUGGCCGGAUGACUCAGUGGUGGAGAAGUACAUUGAAAGUCACGGUAACGGUGUCAAGGAGUUGAGGAGUGUUGUGAUGUGGGCCCGCGAUAGAUUUCUCUAUCACAGGAACAACAGGAUCACUGAUGUCAACGAUCUCAACCUGGAUUGGACAAGAACGCAACAAAAGAACUUGAGAGAACAGCUUGAUGCGGUUAAUGAGUUAAGAAGAAAGGUAUUUGCCACGGACUAUGACGAAUGGAUAGAGGAGAAAGAGGACGAAGCAAAUGAAGAGGCCGACCUGACGGAGUGGGAAGAGACAGAGGCAGAGGAAAGGGAAGAGAAAACAGCCAGAGACCGGGCGGUGUAG